AUGAGCGAAGAAUCUGGAGCGAGUGCAUCAUCAGCUGGUCGAGCAAGAGGAAGAUACGUCGGGGUGCCUAAGAGAUGUUCGUGUGGGGAAGGAAUUGUAGCCAGAAUCUCUAAGUCGGACGCAAACCCAUAUCGGAGAUAUUACUGUUGUGCAUUCGCCGUUGAACAAAAGUGGGUUGAUGAAGCAUUGUUGAAUGAAAUUGAGGCAUCAAAGUUGAGAAUAGAUAGACUUGAAGGCCAUGUUAAAGCAAGUGCAACAGAUUGUAUGGAGGCUGAGAAGCACAUGUAUGAGAAGUUACAAUUGAAGCUAGAGUCAGAGAUUGCUGAACGGGUAGAAGAAAGGAUUCUUGAAGCCAAAUCGGAUAUGAAGAAAUUGCUGUUGCUUGUGUGUUUUGGAGGCUCAUUUGGCAAACUUGUUUGA